GUGUGGUCUGUCAGUCCUGGUUUAUAUGCAUUCCGAUGGUUUCAAUCAAAGCAAAGCAUGACGAUGCAACUUUAAACAGCACAGCCUUUAAAGGCUUUGAUAUGCGUUAAAACAACUAUUCAAAAGCAAAAACAUCAUUUCAUCAGAUUAGUUUUACAAGCGUGUAGACAACAUGAUCAAACAAAAACAAGGCGGUGGUCCGCCUUAACUCCUUCAGUCCACCUUAAGAAAGGGGCGGACACAUAAUGCUUCAACCAAUGAGCGUCCGUCCUUCUAUUUGAACAGCGCCCGUCUGUCAAUCAUUCUAUGACCCCGCCCUCCCUUCUAGCACUCUCUGUCAAGCUUUCAAAGUGUUUUUACUCAGUCGCCAUAUUGGCUGCGGGGAAGGACCUCCGUGCGGUGUCUCGUCUGUUUGUGGCCGACCGAGAGUGACGAGAAGCGGCUGCAAGUUACGCUCAGGCGACCCCUGCGGUUGUUGACGUUCGCAUGGCAUAAAAGUGUUUUUCCACCCCCAGACGACGAUUUUUUUUAUUUUUUGGAUAUCACCCAGCAAGGAUAGUUCGGUUUGUUGUUGUUUUUUUCCACCAAAAAACUGGACGCUCCCGGCUUUUUUUGUGUGGUUUUCCCGUGUCUUGUCGGUGGUGGAGGCGGGGAAACAUGUCGGAUGUUCGACUAUCCAGCGGCAGCCCGACUUUGGAGCGGGGCGAGCCGCGCGUACCGGAGCACCCCAAGCCGUCAGCCUGCCGGAACCUCUUCGGCUCGGUGGACCACAACGAGCUGCAGCGGGAUUACAAUGCACACAUGCGGGAGAUGGAGCAGGCCGCUGCCGCCAAGUGGGGCUUCGACUUCGCCGCGGACAGCUCGCUGGACACCGACGAGAUCCACUGGCAGCGGCUGGACUGUCGCGACCUGCCCGGCUUCUACUCUCGGCCGCCGCGGACGAAGCGGAGUAACCGCCUGGAUCUAACCGGGAAUCAUAGCUGCGUCGCGGCGGCGACCACCACCUGUGUGCCGGUGGAGCAGUGCAGGAAGAGACCCGCCUGUCACGAGCCCUCCAACACAAGCAAAAGGUCUCACAACAGCCCGGGGGCCGAAGUCGCGUGUCCGAGCCGGGGUCGCUCGGCUGAACACACGCCCAGGAAGAGCAGCGGCAGCCCGGGAAGGCAAACGUGAGACGAGCUGAAGAAGCGUGUCCGACAUUGGAAAGUCUUCAGUCAGUGUCGGUCAAACUUAUUUUAUUUGGGUGAUAUUUUAUUUUUUAAGCAUUUUUAUUUUUAUUUGAUCUCAUUUUGGAAGAAAUUAAGUACACAUCUUAUGAGAAACAUAUCAGCUCUCCGUGAGGACGCUGUUGAAGCACUGAAUAACAAAAAAAACUUUAAAAAACAAAACAAAAACAAACUUUUUUGGCACUCAAAAUGUUUCUUUUCCAGUUACUGCCUGUGAAAGCAGUGAUGUAGCAGCGUGCAAUUAGCUUCUUUUCUUUGUGUGUGUGUGUGUGUGUGUAUACCUAAAUUUAUAUUUCUCUAUAUGUAGCACAUAAGAAAACAUGAUUUGCUAAACAAAUCCUUUAUACUUAUAUAUGAUAUUAUUUUCAAAGAAAAAUUAAGGUGUGAAUUUUUGAUUUGACUUGAAGAAUUGCAGUAUAGUUUGCUUGCUGUGCUGUUCUUGUUCUCUUUACUGAGAAGUCAGUCUUGGCACAAUUUAAAACAGGGGUGUCCAAAGUGUGGCCCAGGGGCCGUUUGUGGCCUACAGCAAUUUUUUUUUAUUGGCCCUCCACAUAUUUGAAAAUGCAAUUACAAACAAAUGUGGGAAAAGAGCCAAAAAGCCAAUUUGUUUGAAUCUUUUGCAAGUUUUUUUUUUUUUUAGCUAGAGAGUUAGGGUUAGUGCUUUAGUUUGGAUUACACUUUGGGCUUUAUGCCUAUUGGCUCAUUCGACAAUGACAAAAUAAAGAUACAACAUGAAUUUAUAUAAUUUUAGGAGAGAAACUGCUAAUAACACAAAAGUGACAUGCAGGCUGUUUAUUUUUAUGUCUAGCUUAUUGGAUGACUUUUAGCCUUGUUUAAAUUCCAAAUGGCCCCUGCCUCACUUAGUGAAAAAACCACCCCUGAUUUAAAAACUGUAGUAUGUACAAGUCCAACCUUUCUAUAUUCUGGACUGUGGAUCUUCACACGCCUUCAUGUUUCCUAACUUAGCAGUGAAGAACGGUACAAAAUGUAGCGACUAUUUUAUGUUCCCUUAGGACAAAAAAAACAAUUAUUUUAUUCUAUUUAAAAUCUCCCUGUGGUUUGAGACGCUUGGAUUGACUUUGCUCUUAUUAUUGUGUCCCUUGCACACAUCAGCCUUUAUUCUAACGGUGCGAGGUACCUUUUUUUUUUUUUUUUAAGAUGUUGAAAGACAAAAAUGAUUGGGUCUCAAUACGGUUGUUUCACUUUUUAAAAGUCCUCAUGGGUGGCUCGUUCCACACAGGAGUAACAGAAUGUUUCUUACAAGACCAAACUGAUGGCUGCCAAGUGCUUUUUUGUUUGACUUCACAUAGUUUGACUUUGUGAUAACCUUGAUAUAUUCUAAUCAUGUUUAGCCUGCUGAGGAUUCUCAUGUUGGCCUUUAAAAAAAAAAAAAAAAAAAUCCCUUUUUUGCCCUCAGUAACACCAGCUUGUCUCAGAAAUGCAGUCACCCGUGUGUUUGUGUACAUAUUUGCAUUGUACAUAAUUUUGUAAAAAAACAAAAAAACACUGAGAAAUUAUACUAACUUAUUUAUGUCAAACAUUUUUUAAUGUAGAUUUUUUUUUUGAUUCACGGUUAUCCAAAGUGGCAUUUACCUUAUUUGUAAUAUUUUUUUAAAAGCUUAUUUGUGGUAGUUUUUUUUUUUUUUUUUUCAACAAGGUUGCAAACUGAGCCCAAUUUAAUAUUUGAUGUGCAUUUUUUUUUGUAAUGUGUGGUCAUAAAUGUGUUGCAAUCAAUUAAAAAAAAGUUCAAUAUA